AUGACCAAAACAGAACAUAAAUCGAAAGGCGUAGCACCACAGAGACCAGAGAUCAGAAGUAAACGAACUGCAGUCAAUAACGCGUUAAAGAGAAUAUCUGAAUGGACAAACAUAUUGAACACCUCCCCCCCGGAGGAUGUCAUGGACACUUACACUAAGUAAACAUUGUAAUGUACUUGAGAUAGCGGGUGCGUCUCGCCACCAAAAUGGUUAUCAACAUUGUAUGAACACAUGUUUUAGUAGUUUUAUGUUUUCAUUAAAGACUGAUAAAAUACGUCGAUUGUAGCCCAUUUUCUCCUGCUCAAUACACAUAUCGAACCCCGCUUUACACAACAAAGAGAAUCGUAAACUGAACUAAAAUAGCAAACAGAACUCUAAACUAAACCAAGGACGAUAUAGUUUAUUAAACGUAGAGGAUGACGACGAAAAUAUUACGAUAGAUGUUGAGCAAACUUAUCCCAAACAUGGCUACACGCCUGGUUCUACUGGAGUAAACAUGAAUAUCGAAGAAUCUCCAGCACAAGCACAUGAAUCUCAAGCUCAAGAAUUUCGUACUAAUGAUAUUGCUAGCUUGGGUGCCUCCAUGAUAAAAUAUGUGAACGCAAGGAAACUACGUACUGGUUUAAAUAAGAAUGUUACGAUUAAAACAUUCCCUGGCGCUGGCGAUAUGAUACAUUAUGCGAAACCAAGCCUAUCCAAGAAACCAAAACACGUUAUAAUACAUUCAGGAACAAACGACCUGAAUAAGAAACCACCAACACAAAUUGUAAAGUCAAUUCGUAAACUUGGACAGGCCAUACAGACGGAAAACCCGGAUACAAAUAUUAUCUUUUCUGAAUUGAUUGUUAGAGGUGAUAACAAAGGAUUAGCUGACAAGGUUAGAGAAGUUAAUGAAGGGUUAGACAAGUUGUGUAAAAGUGAGAACUGGGAGGUACUUAGAAACCAAAACAUUAAAUUUAUGCAUUUGAAUGCAUAUGGUAUUCACCUUACUAAACAAGGUACUGCAAUUCUAGCUAAGAACAUUAAGACAACACUUCUUUCAUUAGACGUAUUGCAUUGA